CCUCCGCCUUCCCUCGUCUGCAGCCUCCAGAACACUUGUCUUUAUUUGGAGCUCCCGGAAACCCCAUCCACCUCUUUCGUUCAUGACUGACACACGGAGAGACUGAGCUGCAUCCUGUGUUUAUGUGUGUGCGCCUCCAUCCCCGUUGCUUCAUCUUCCGUAGACCUGCUCCUUUGAUAGCACCGGGUUUUCAUCGGAUCUGUACCAGGCCGUCACCAGACAGCAGGUAUUCAAGAUGGCAGAGGUGCAUGGAUUAAUGGACAGGUUGGAGAAAGCCGUGAUUCGACUUGAAACAGUCUUGUCUACGUCUUGCUUUUCAAAGUCUACAGGGAAUGAUGUUGUGAAUGGAAUAAAUGGAGGUUCUGCUCCAUAUGUGGAAGCAUUUGAUGCCUUGGUGACUGGGUCCUUGGAACAGUAUCUCAAAAACAGCAAGAUUCUUGGUGGGGAUGUGGAAACUCAUGCUACAUUAGUGGAAAAUGCAUUUAAAGCUGAAAGAGUAUUUUUGGUUUAUGCUUCCCAGCACCAGCAGCCCUCGGAGGCUGAGCUGGCAUUGCUCCUAAAACCCAUAUCAGAAAAGAUUCUUGAAGUACAGACAUUCAGAGAGAAAAACCGAGGAAGUCAAAUGUUCAACCACCUUUCGGCAAUAAGUGAAAGUAUUCCAGCUCUUGGCUGGAUUGCAGUGACACCUGCGCCAGGUCCCUUCGUGAAGGAGAUGGCAGAUGCUGCUGCAUUUUACACAAACAGGGUACUGAAGGACUAUAAAAAUAGUGAUGUGCGCCAUGUUGACUGGGUGAAGUCAUACCUGAGUAUUUGGAAUGAUCUUCAGGCAUACAUCAAGGAGCAUCAUACCACAGGAACUUCUUGGAGUAGUAUGUUUUCAGAAGCUAAACCUAAGGAUGCAACAUCAGCACCAAGUCAUCCCCCUCCACCUCCUCCACCCCCAGGACCUCCUCCCAGUUAUGAUAUUUUUAAUAGUAAACCCAAAGAUGACAUUUCUCAAGACCGAUCUGCAUUGUUUGACCAGCUGAACCAAGGAGAAGAAAUUACAAGAGGGCUAAAACAUGUUUCUGAUGAUCAGAAGACUCAUAAGAACCCUAGGCUUCGCGGCCAAGCACCAGUUCGAUCACCUACCAAAAGUCAUGUUUCCGGCUCCACCUCUAGUAAAUCUGCUACACGGCAGUCCUAUCCCCCUCUUCUUGAGCUGGAAGGAAAGAAAUGGAGAGUGGAGUACCAGGAGGGUGUAAAGGAUUUAGUGAUUUCUGAAACUGAGCUGAAGCAAGUAGCUUACGUUUUCAAGUGCAAGAAAACAACCCUGCAAAUUAAAGGGAAAAUAAAUUCCAUAAUAAUAGACAACUGCACUAAACUUGGCCUAGUGUUUGACGAUGUUGUGGGCAUUGUCGAAGUUAUUAAUUCUAAAGAUGUUCAGAUACAGGUCAUAGGCAAAGUGCCAACCAUUUCCAUUAACAAGACAGAUGGCUGCCAUGUUUACCUGAGUGAAAGUUCAAUAGACUGUGAGAUCGUAAGUGCCAAAUCAUCAGAGAUGAAUAUCCUCGUCCCACACAAUGGUGAUUAUAAAGAAUUUCCUGUUCCUGAACAGUUCAAGACUUCAUGGGAUGGCUCCAAGCUAGUCACUGAACCUGCAGAAAUGAUGGGCUAAUCGGAUAUAGUAAUUGUGUACAUGCUUCAGCCUCGCCAGAUGGAGAACACAUGGCACAUAUUGCAUGUACCCAUGGAGUAUGCAGAACAAAAAUCACCUUACUGCUCUUGUGGGCAUUUAAUGUGGCAUCAAAUCCUCCAAAAAACAACUUCUAAUAAAUCUGAGAUGUACAAAGUUUUACAAUAUAUUACAGAUUACUCAUCAGGUAGAGCAUUGAUACUACCUAUUUGGACUUCUAGAAUCUCGUUGGCAGCACACUUAUAUUUUGUCAUUUUCUUAGCUAGGCCCCUAGCAAUGAAAACUGAUCAAAGCAGAUCUGGUGCUGGGAGUAACAUAAUCCAUUGCUUCAAGCAGCAUCCUUCCUUGACCGUAGGGGGCAGCAUUUUAGCAGAUAGACAGACCAUCCUUUACAUUCUCCCCACCACAGAUCCAGAGUGGGGCCUCAAAUAAAUUGUGACAGCUCCAUCUUGAAUACUGAAUUGCUCCUUAGCACAUAUUAAGCAUUUAGCAGUUGCCUGAAAACACAUCACUUAAAGGCUAUGCACACCUUUAGGAGCAUUUUUUUUUUAUGAUUGCAUUUUAAUAAUUUUGGGCUAAAAAAAUUUUUUUCAAUCGGUCUUAGUUAAAAAUAUUCAGCCGUUCUGUCACAAAGGGUUAACUGUCUAUGUGUUUGAAUCGUACUUUCAUUUUGUGUCGGCCAUCUAAUAAAUCUUAACUCUAAAUUACUAAAAGGUCUGAAACACUUAUUUAAAGGCGGGUUUACACUAGUUGAGGAGAAGCCGAUUGUUGUGAAGGAAGCAUUCCUUCCCGACAGUUGGCUUCUCGUUCAGUGAAGUAGACCUCUGCAUUUACAUGGAGCUAUCUCCUUCACAAUAUGAAGACAGUGAUCCCUCGUCCCCAUACAGAAUCAUUGUUUCUGGGCAGCAGAUCGCUGUUUAGACAGCACGUUCUGCUGCCCAGAAACAAUGAUUGAUGUGCCUGCACGAAUAGCAGGAUUACCCAAUGAACGAACAUUUCACUCAUUCAUCAGGUGAUUGGCGGCACAUUUAGAUGGGCAGAUUGUCGGGAAAGUGUUCAAGGGAACGAUAAUCUGCCUAACAAUGGGGCAUGUAAAUCCACCUUAAGCCACAUUUCUAUCAAUAAGAUACAAAUUGAGCUAUAAUGAGUGUUUAGAAGGUCAGAGAGCCGAGAUGAGGAGCAGUAAAAGUACAGAGCAGCUACUAGAGAAUCUGAAGGCUGUACAGAGAAAGGGGCUGAAAAUUUUUAAUAAAGACCAAUUGAAAAAAAUAAUUUUGCUCAAAAAGAGUACAAUGCAACAAUAAAAAAAAAUGCCUCCAAAGGUAUACAUAGCCUUUAAAAUAUCUAUAUCAUUUCUAUAUAGAAGACAGAAAAAAUAAUAGCUUGCAUAUCAUUAAAGAAGGGAUUUUUGGCGCUGCUAUUUUAAAUUUUCUAGAUGAUGAACACAGCUUAUCUGCACCCUGAACAAUGACUAUUGCACAGGUUACAUAGCAUGUCUAGAAAUCUCUUCCAUAGGUGUUACUGAGGUCCCCUCAGGACUAUUGUGUCUGUGGUCCAUGUGGCUGCAGUAAAGCAUAUCUCUAUGUGCCGUUAGCAGCUCAGGAAAUAAAAAUACAAAACAAAUAAAAUAAAAAGUCUACAAUCAGAAACAUAAUAAAACAGGUUAGAAAAAAGGAACAUCUAUCACUAUCUGGUUUAAAUUAGUAAAAUAAAUAUGGGGGAUACAUUCCCUUUAAUAUUCUAACUUGUAACUUUUUUAAACUCAUACUAUUACACAUGAAAAGGAAAAUGUUUAGAGCACUAUAUUACUUAGUAAUAUCAAACCCUCGUCACUCUUCAGCUCUGUGAGAACUACAAGUCCAGAUGAGAUGUCUAUGUGCUGUCACAAGAAAGGGAGUAAG